AUGGCGGUCACAUUACUACGAGUGUUGGUGCUGGGUGUGAUCGCGGCGGCUGCCGACGAUGUGCCGAUAACGUGGUUGUCGUCACCGCGCGCGUCCGUGCCGUGCGUGGUGCCGGACGCGGGCCGGAUCCCGGCGCGACGGCCCCCACCCCCCCUCGAGGCUGAAGACAAGCCCCGACCGAAGCCCUACGUCUGGAAGAAGGGCGAUGAAGAUGUUAAACGGGUACUAAGUAAUGGUACUCUUGAAGUGUCGAAGAAGAAGGAUGGGAGCUCCGAGGGAGUUUACCAGUGCACCGUCAGGCACCAUGCUGGCCUGGUGCUCGGGUAUCCCGUCCACGUCAAAUUUGCAUAUUUAGACAAGCAGUUCUCGGUGCAUCCCGAGAAUGCGACGGUGUGGCGAGGCCAGCCGACCGUGCUGAACUGCGCCAUCAGCUCAGGGCCUGACGCCACCCUCUCCUGGCAGAAGGAUGGAGAACCUCUGCCUGAUAGUAAUAGAUAUCAUUUACUAAAUAACCAACUACUAAUCACGGAUGUGACAGAUGAAGAUGCAGGAUUGUACAGAUGUAAAGCAACGAACUCUCACGCGAACAGAACGAGAGUCAGUCAUGGAGGUAGACUGCAAGUUGAGGAGUACCCUGCAGACCUGGAGCCUGGGAUGCUCCAGGUCCAUGACCAGAGGGACAUAGCUGUUCCAGCAGGCGGGACCUUGGUGAUGCCAUGUCCUGUUACUGGAUGGCCACGGCCAAGACUAAUAUGGCAGUUCUCUCAGCCUGGCGAGAGGACGAGUGAGCUGGAGGAGACGGAUGAGGUCCUCAUACGGAAGCAUGUGGACCUGCAGCAGGAGGGAGUUUACACCUGCAGUGUUGAAGGCAAUAGUGAUCUGUUCAAGACCUUCAACGUAACCAUCACAGAACCAGUCAAGAUCACGGUGCCACCCAUCUCGAAGCAGACCAUCAGAGCUGGCACCGUCCGGUUCAACUGCACCGCUGUUGGGAGACCAGCCCCCACUGUCACCUGGUACAAGGAUGGAAAGCCGCUUGUAGUGGCUGGGAGGAUCGUGGUGUUACCAUCGACAGAUGGGAAGCGUAUGGAACUUCUCAUCAGGAGUCUCACAUCUGAAGAUGCUGGUGUAUACCAAUGCUUCGCCCAGAACCCUACGUCAUCAGCCUCAGCGUGGGCUACCCUGAACGUGACAGGGGCGGGUGCUGCAGCUCCCACGGGCGUGCAAUGUUGGCCGGCCGGCGCCCGGGCCGUCGCUGUGCGCUGGCCCAAGGUCAACGCUGAUGUCAUGGCUUAUACCGUGCAGAUUACCACGCCAGGUGGCAAUUCAUUACCCGGGCAGCCAGUUAUCGGCAUCGAGGAGAUCAUCUCUGUUGCGGAACCACUGACACCUUACGGAUUCCAGGUUCGUGCUUACAUCAAGUCAUCAUCAACGAACAAGAAUGUCGCGAGUGACAUAUCUGAGAGCGUCACGUGUCAGGGACAAGGGGUACCAAUAAAACUGGCUCGCCAAGGAGACGACAUCAUAGUAUCUUGGAAGCAGUUCGCAGACCAGACUCCUGGCGUGCUGCAGUGGAUCUUGCAGUAUAAGGCGGAGAACAGCACUGAUGAACAUAACGUCACCUUGGAUAAGGGCGUCACCAAUCAUACCAUCAAAGUGCCAUCAGAAGAACCGCUGCAAGUCCGAGUGUUGGGUACGAGGCUGGUGCCGUGGCUGCACCAGAACCUGACGCUGGUGCCGUGGACGUCCACCACCAUCGCCAUUAAUGCUCCCGACGGCGGAGAGGUGACAGCGGUUCCUGAGGAUGUAGAAGUGACGAACGUUCGUCCGCGGGAGUUCACGGUGCGGUGGCGCUGCGAGGAGUCGGAGCUGUCUCUGGAGACCUACACCUACAUGGUGUGCAUCAGGAAGGUGGAUGGGAAUGAGGAGUGCAUGGAGAGUCGCAGCAAGUCAAUACGCAUAGACAAGUUGUCCCCGAGUACGGAGUACGAAGUUCGAGUCCAGGCUCGCAUACCAGCGCGGAUGGCCGUCGGAGAGUUCUCCACACCUGUACAUAUUUGGACACAGGGCGAGGGAACAGAUCGCUUCCAAGACCUGACGUACAAGAUGAUGAACACGUCCACUCUCCGUGUCUCCUGGAACAGUGUCCCUGACAAGUAUACCAUCCAGUACAGCAAUGAGCUGACUCUGCCCCUCCACCAAUGGACCAGUGUUGAUACCGUGGGCAAUACCGUUUUGUUGACUGGCGUGGACCUGACAAAAGAGUUGUACGUGAUGGUGACGGGAUACGAACCUCUUGGGCGCAGCCAGAUCCUGAAGAUACCUGCACUAGUGCCUGAAGCCAAGGAUUUGCAGUAUUGGUACACCCCGACGGGUGUACAGGUGACCUGGAAGGGCCAGGGUCCACGCAUGGUGCGCUACUCGCAGAACCUCACUCAGUCGCUUGACCUCUGGCUCACCAUCAACGUCACCACUAACAGCGUACAUAUCUCAGGCCUUGAACCUGAGCAAUCAACGUACGUGAUGGUGAUACUCCCAGGGCCCAACCCUCGCAGUCAAGUGCUGACCAUUCCACCGCGGCCACCAGACCAGUCGCAAUACUAUCUGAGUAUCGGUAUUGGCUGUGGAGUGGUUCUGAUCUGCGUGUUGGCGGCUGCAGCAGUGUGCAUAUGGAGACGGAGGAAGAGGUCCCAUUCUCCUGUCAGGUCCCGCCGACGCAACCUAUCGUCAAAUGACGGCAACGAAGAAGAGGGCGCAGAAAUGAAGAACAUCGGUAACCGCCUCGCCAACGGAGGAGGAUCCAAGGAUGCUGGAGAACCUCUACUCAACGGUCACGUUCAUAUUACUGAGAAUCCUAACCAGUCGAAGACGCCGAACGGUCGCAUGCGCAAGGGCCGUCGCUACGAGGCUGCGUUCGACGUGGCUCGCUACGAGGACCCCGACACCACUCUGGAGACAGUCCUCGACCCUGACACCUCCGCCUCCACCACCUUCAACCUCCUCGACACCUCCCGGAGGCCGGAGUACGAGGUCUCGCGGUCCUCCAGGGACCUCAGCGCUAACAACUCGUUCAACAAACUCCCUGACGACAACAUGAACUCCGAACUCACGCGAAGCACCGACUUCCAACUAGACAACAGCAAAAUUCUCCCCACGCUCCAACCUAACGGUUGA